UAGUACGUUUAUUGAUUUUUUAUCAUUUCAUUUUAUGAAAAAGUAUGUGAAUAACAAAACAGUUAUGGGUAAAGUUUGUGUUGUGAAAAGUUGUCCAAGUGGGCGUAAAUCCAAAAACAGAAAAGAUUAUUCGCCUCAGUCUAUUUCGUAUUUCCAACCAACAACACCGGCGAGAUUACAAAAUUGGAAAAUUUCGUUGGGCAUUGAAUUAAAAGCUACUGAUUACAUCUGUCAAUUCCAUUUUAAAGAGGACCAAAUAAAAAUGUACGAGAAAUUUUACAUAAAAGGAGAGACCAUGUAUAUGCCUACAGAAAGAAAAAAGCUUAAAGAAGAAGCUUUACCAACGAUUCAGCAUCAGUUUAUUCCAAUAUUUGAACAUGUGUUUUUAACAAAUACUGUAGAUGAACUGGAAAAGCCAAGCUUACGUUCAAAAGGUUCUGAAGACGAACAGCUGUUUCAAAUGCAAGAAAACAACAUCGAGCCACAGAAAAUAUUAGCAUAUGAAGAUGUUUCUAAUAAUCUAAUAGGUGCUGGUGUUCAAAGUAAACAAGACUUGAUAGAACCACCUUUCAGUCAACACGCAUCUAAGGAUUCGAAGAAUCUACAAGAAAUCAAAGUUCCAAAAAUUCCGCCGUUUUGGCUGUAUGUACCCAAGUCCAAUGGAUUUGUAUUUAUGCGAAUGGAUCCAACAACUCAGCAGAUCAAAAUUCGGUUACGCUUAAACGAGGAUACAUCUAUUACUGUUAUUUUUCCUAACAAUGAAGAACUGCCUCUAAACGAGAAAAUUAAUUCAUUAAGUAAUGUCUAUGAUUACUUGAAAUCAGUGGAAAGAUGGCCUUUAUGUGUUGGCACUCAGAUUGACAGUAUUAAGUAUUCCAAACUUUGUAAAAAUGUGAUUAUCGGUGAUGAGACUUAUAAAAGAAGCCAAGCUAAUCCAAGAUGUAAAUCCUGUCGAAUGUUACGGAAACGACUACAGGCUCGAAUGUUACGGAAUCGACUACAGAGUCGAAAUUCGACUUCAAAUAAUUUGGAAACAACUGCUACAAAAAAACGUGCUUCAAAACGGAUUAAACAGUGCAGAAGUCUUAAAAGAAUGUGAUCCCAGAGACUUUAAUUCGUCUGAUCGACACAGGGG